AUGCUCAAUUUUGAAGAUGUCGAAGAGCGGGAUGGUGUUCGUCUUUCGUGGAAUGUAUGGCCCUCUUCUCGGAUAGAGGCGACGCGGACUGUGGUUCCGAUAUCGGCCCUUUAUACUCCAUUGAAGCAGCGAGAGGAUCUUCCUCCAGUAUUAUACGAACCCGUGACGUGUAAACCCCCUUGUCGUGCUAUUCUCAAUCCGUAUUGUCAAAUUGAUAUCAGAGGCAAACUAUGGAUCUGUCCUUUUUGCUUGACCCGCAAUGCUUUCCCCCCACAUUAUAAAGAUAUCUCUAACACCAAUCUACCCGCCGAACUACUUCCAAAGUACACGACAAUUGAGUACACACUAUCUCGUCCCGCUCAGGCUCCACCUGUCUUCCUCUUUGUCGUCGAUACCUGUCUAGAUGCCGAAGACCUCAAAGCACUUCGUGAUGCCCUUGUCGUCAGUCUCAGCUUGAUCCCACCAUAUGCAUUAGUUGGUCUCAUUACGUUUGGCACAAUGACACAAGUCCACGAAUUGGGUUAUGCAGAGUGCAGCAAAUCAUACGUCUUCCGUGGCGGCAAGGAGUACACACAAAAGCAGAUUCAGGACAUGCUCGGACUCAGUACGACAACUCGCGCCGCACCCCGCGCUGGCCAACCUAUGCCCCAACAAGCUUUUGGAGCCGCCCGUUUCUUGCUUCCUGUCCAGCAAUGCGAAUUCCAACUCACUGGCAUUUUGGAGGCACUCGCUCGUGACCCUUGGCCAGUUGCCAAUGAUAAGCGCGCUCUGCGUUGCACUGGUGUAGCUGUCAGUGUAGCUGUUGGACUCCUGGAGACGACUUUCCCUAACACGGGCGCACGUAUAAUGGUCUUCGCGGGUGGGCCGGCAACGGAAGGUCCAGGCAUGGUUGUUAGCAAUGAACUCAAGGAGCCUAUCCGCUCCCAUCACGACAUCGAACGGGACAGCGUCAAGCACUACAAACGUGCAGUAAAGUUCUAUGAAGGUCUGGCGAAGAGAGUAUCCAACAAUGGGCAUGCUGUCGAUCUGUUUGCUGGGUGCUUGGAUCAAGUGGGCUUGCUAGAGAUGAAGUCAUUGCCAAACUCGACAAAUGGUGUCAUUGUUCUAUCUGAUUCCUUUGCUACGUCGAUCUUCAAGCAAAGUUUCCUGCGCAUGUUCAAUAAGGACGACCAGGACUUCUUGCAGAUGGGUUUUAACGCGACGUUCGACGUACAGACUACCAAAGAACUGAAGGUUUCUGGCCUUAUCGGACAUGCAAUCUCUGCCGGGAAAAAAUCUGCAUGCGUUGGCGAGACAGAAAUUGGUAUUGGUCAAACGUCAGCCUGGCGGAUCAACUCCAUUACGCCUAGGACAUCUGCUGCUAUUUACUUCGAGGUCGUUACUCCUGCGGGUCAGGCAUUGUCUCCCGGAUCAAGGGGUCUCAUUCAAUUCGUCACUCAUUAUCAGCACUCAUCUGGGCAGAUGCGUUUGCGCGUCACCACAAUCGCUCGAAAUUUUGCAGAAGCGAACUCUCCCAGCAUCGCUUCUUCAUUCGACCAAGAAGCCGCCGCCGUACUUAUGGCAAGGAUAGCAGUCUUCAAGGCCGAAAUAGACGACUCACCAGACGUUUUGCGCUGGCUCGACCGCAUGCUUAUCCGUCUUUGCCAGAAGUUCGCAGAUUACAGAAAGGAGGACCCUGUCAGCUUUAGACUAACGGAUAAUUUCAGCAUCUAUCCACAGUUCAUGUUCCAUCUCCGGAGAAGUCAGUUCUUGCAGGUGUUUAACAAUAGUCCCGAUGAGACUGCAUUCUACAGACAUAUUCUCAACGAAGAAGACGUCAACAACUCGUUAAUCAUGAUUCAACCCACUCUGAUGUCAUAUACAUUCGAUGUCGAGCCCCAGCCUGUCUUGCUCGACAGCGUCUCUAUCAAAUCUGAUGCCAUCCUCCUUCUCGAUACCUUCUUUCAUAUUCUUAUUUUCCAUGGUGAAACGGUGGCCCAAUGGAGGAAAGCAGGUUACCAAGAGCAGGAUGGAUAUGAGAACUUCAAGGAGCUGUUGGAGAAUCCUGUCACAGAUGCUCAGGACUUGCUUGUCGACCGCUUCCCUAUACCACGUUACAUUGUCUGCGACCAGGGCGGCAGUCAAGCUCGAUUCCUGCUAUCGAAGCUCAACCCAUCAACGACGCACAUGUCGACAUCGAUGUAUGGCACUCCACAAGCUGCGGGCGCCGGACAGGCGAUCUUCACCGACGAUGUUAGCUUGCAAGUUUUCAUGGAGCACUUGAAACGCCUGGCUGUGGGCGCACAAACAAACUAG